AUGAAUGAUCAUAAUUUUACAGUUGCUUGUUUCAAUCGAACUGUAUCAAAAGUUGAUCAUUUUUUAAAUAAUGAAGCUAAAGGAACAAAAAUUAUUGGCGCACAUUCCAUUGAAGAACUCGUUAAAUUACUUAAGAAACCUCGUCGAGUUAUGCUCUUAGUUCAAGCUGGUCAAGCAGUUGAUGACUUCAUUCAAAAAUUGAUUCCAUUACUGGAACAAGGUGAUAUCAUUAUUGAUGGUGGAAAUUCACUAUAUAAAGAUUCAAUGCGACGAGCUGAAGAAUUGGAACAAAAAGGAUUUCUUUACAUUGGUACUGGUGUUUCAGGUGGUGAAGAUGGAGCUCGUUAUGGUCCCUCAUUAAUGCCUGGUGGUAGUGAAAAAGCAUGGGAACAUGUAAAACCAAUAUUGCAAAAAAUAUCUGCUAAAGCCGAUGGUCAACCAUGUUGUGAUUGGGUUGGUCCAUCAGGUUCAGGUCAUUUUGUUAAAAUGGUUCAUAAUGGUAUUGAAUAUGGUGAUAUGCAACUUAUUUGUGAAGUUUAUCACAUAAUGAAAGAUAUUUUAAAAAUGUCCAAUGAUGAAAUUGCUGAAGCAUUCGAAGAAUGGAAUAAAGGAAAAUUAGAUUCAUUUUUAAUUCAAAUAACAGCUGAAAUAUUACGAUAUAAAGAAAAUGGUAAACAUGUUUUAGAUUUAAUUCGAGAUUCAGCUGGACAGAAAGGUACUGGUAAAUGGACAGGUAUCGCUGCACUUGAAUAUGGUGUACCUGUAACAUUGAUUGGUGAAUCUGUUUUUGCUCGAUGUUUAUCAUCUUUACUUGACGAGCGACAUCGUGCAUCAUCACAAUUAAAAGGACCUAAAGUACAAGAUUUUGAUGGUAAUAAAAAGGAAUUCGUUGAAUAUCUUGGUGAAGCAUUAUAUGCAUCAAAAAUCAUAUCAUAUGCUCAAGGUUUCAUGCUUAUGCGUGAGGCAGCUAAACAACAUUCUUGGAAGUUAAACUAUGGUUCAAUUGCACUUAUGUGGCGUGGUGGUUGUAUUAUUCGAAGUGUAUUUUUGGGAAAUAUUAAAGCAGCAUAUGAUAAAAAUGAAUCAUUAGAAAAUUUACUUUUGGAUAAUUUUUUUACGGAUGCUAUUAAUAAAUGUCAACAAGGUUGGCGAAAAGUUAUUGCAACAGCAACUGUUUAUGGUGUACCAAUACCUUGUCUUAGUACUGCAUUGGCUUUCUAUGAUGGUUAUCGUUCAAAACGUUUACCAGCCAAUCUUGUACAGGCUCAACGUGAUUAUUUCGGUGCACAUACAUAUGAAUUACUUGACAAACCUGGUGAAUGGAUUCAUACAAAUUGGACUGGUCAUGGUGGAAAUGUUACAGCAUCAACAUAUCAACAUUAG